AUGGAGUUCUGCGCUAAUGACAUUGUUGCAGCUGUUUUCACUGUGGACAGGUUAGGGGUGAUAUCGGCCAUGCCUUGGUUCAGUGUGCAAGAUGCCGUGUUGCCUACUAUUGCGACAAAGAGUGCCAGCGCCACCAUUGGCAGGAGCACAAGCCCAGCUGCGUUAACCCUGAGGAGCGCAGGAUGGCUAACGUCUAGAGGGAAUCUUUCUUCAUGGCAGUUUCGUUCAUCUCUGGAGCUCUCU